CAGACGAACACGCGCAAAGAAGACGAAGAACUCUACGACGACGACGACGACGACAUAAUGUCACAUUAAUACAGCGACUUCAUUCAAACACAAGUAACCAACUUCUACGCCAUUCUCAACAAAUUCCUCUAAUUUCUCUUUCUCAUCCUCCGCCGCCGCCGGACGCUGCUCCACCAAUUGCAGGGACAGAACAUGAUUUUUCAAGGGCAGAACUCCAUAUGCAAAUAUAUUAUUGAAGGCUAAGGCUUGAAAUCAAUUUUCAACAUCAUAAAGUCCAAGUCUUGUGAUAAAGGAGGAAGCUUUAGAAUGGCAUGAGCUUAUGGUGUACUGCAAGCACCUGGUAUUGAAUCAUGAGUUUUAAGUAUUGGGUAUUAGAUCAACUGGCAUCACUCUCUCCAGAAGUCUUAUACCGAACCAAUGCAUUUUCUGAUGAAGAGCAUUUCCCAUCGAUUAAGUAGCAAUUAUCUCAAACAUUUAAACCUUUCUUCUUCACCUCAAGGAGUUAACUUAAUUGCACAGAAGUUCAUACAAACGUUAAUUACAGUUGUAUGAACUUUUGGGUCAUAAGUGUUGAUCCUUCUAUCAAUCGAUAGAAAUGAAGAAAUGGUAUAUCUAUGUUCUAUCUGCAUCUCUGUUAACAUUUAUGGUCCUGGGGUACUUUGUUGCAAAAAAUCCAAUCAGAGAAGCUUAUAUUUCACCAUCUUCAUACUACAAUACAACAAAUCCUCUUGAAUGGAUAAAUUCUGGUGCUCCUCCUGUUCAAAAUCCAGAAAGCGGCUCUCAAGUUGUAUCCGCUGAUGAGAUAGUUUCCACCCUCUUCACUCAAUGGAACAUAUCUGUUGAAGAGCAACAACCAUUGCAUACCUGGAACCAUUUAAAACACUUAAUAAGCCAUGACCGUGUUCUGCCUAAUACAGUAGAGGCCAUCAAGGAUGCUGGUGUUGCAUGGAAUAACCUUAUGACUUCAGUUGAGGAAGAGAAAUGUAACAUGAAUAGAAGUUCAGAUAGCAGAAAAAGAGAGAAACAGUGCCCCCAUUUUCUUAGUAAGAUGGAUGCCACAGAGCUUAAUGAUACUGGAUAUAAGUUGAGAGUUCCUUGUGGUUUAACGCAGGGUUCAUCGGUUACAUUUAUCGGCAUUCCAAGUGGUCUUCUUGGUAACUUUCGAGUGGAUUUGACUGGUGAGCCUCUUCCAGGGGAACCAGAUCCUCCUGUGAUAUUGCACUACAAUGUUAGGCUCCAUGGCGAUAAAAUAACUGAGGACCCUGUAAUUGUUCAAAACACUUGGACCAUUGCUCAUGACUGGGGUGAAGAGGAACGAUGUCCAGCUCCCGAACCUGAUAAGAAUAAGAAAGUGGACGAACUGGACCAGUGCAACGAGAAGGUGGGUAAAGUUGUUGAUAGAGCUCCUGCAGCUACCAGACAUUCAAAUGGAUCAAGAGAACUUCAUGUGGUUGAUGGAGGGUCAAAAACACGAACCUAUUUUCCCUUUAAGCAAGGAUAUCUUUCAGUUGCAACCCUGAGGGUUGGAUCAGAGGGUGUCCAGAUGACAGUUGAUGGGAAGCACAUUACAUCAUUUGCUUUUCGAGAAACUUUGGAGCCGUGGCUUGUUAGUGAAGUAAGGAUCUCAGGAGACCUGAAAUUGGUGUCGGUUGUAGCCAGUGGUUUGCCCACUUCAGAGGAUUCAGAUCAUAUAAUCGACUUAGAGUCUCUUAAAUCGCCCUCGAUUCCUCUUCGAAAGAAGAUUAAUCUAUUGAUUGGUGUCUUCUCGACUGCAAACAAUUUCAAGCGUAGGAUGGCUGUUCGAAGAACAUGGAUGCAGUAUGCUGCAGUAAAGUCAGGAGAAGUAGCCGUCCGCUUUUUUGUUGGUUUGCAUAAAAAUCGAUUGGUGAAUGAGGAACUCUGGAAUGAGGCAAAGACUUAUGGAGAUGUACAGUUAAUGCCUUUUGUUGACUACUACAGUCUUAUCUCAUGGAAGACCAUUGCCAUAUGUAUCUUUGGGACGGAAGUUAUCUCUGCGAAAUAUGUCAUGAAGACGGAUGAUGACGCCUUCGUUCGUGUAGAUGAAAUUUUGAUUUCUUUAAAUCGAAUGAAUGCCAGUCGUGGAUUGCUCUACGGUCUAAUUAAUUCGGAUUCCCAACCCCAUCGAAACCCUGACAGCAAGUGGUAUAUUAGCCCCGAGGAAUGGCCUCAAGACAGAUACCCUCCAUGGGCUCACGGUCCUGGGUAUGUCGUGUCACACGACAUAGCAAAGGCAAUCAACCAGAAACACAAAAAAGGCCGCCUAAAGAUGUUUAAGCUAGAAGACGUAGCAAUGGGAAUCUGGAUUGACGAUCUAAAAAAGAACGGUUUGGAAGUAAGGUACGAGAAAGAAGAAAGAGUGUACAACGAAGGUUGCAAAGACGGUUAUGUCGUUGCACACUACCAGGGACCUCGAGAAAUGCUGUGUCUAUGGCAGAAGCUUCAAGAAGGUAACCGAGCCUUCUGUUGUGGCAAUUAACACCCCUUUAAAGCCAGUAACUCGCUUACAAACUGACCGAAAAGGGGUAACACCAGUGUUGUAUCAGUGUAGCUAGGUAUUUUGUUUAGCUAUACAUAUAGAUACGUAGAUAGAUACAGAUAUUUUAACGACCAUUGAUCGAUGUUUUUGUAUGAUUAUAUAUGUAACUGGAGAGGUUGAUGUAUAGAGAGCAUGCACCAUAAUGCUCUUCCUGUAUGCUAUUUUUC